CGAAGGAUCCACUACAUGAUUAGCAAGGGAGGCAGUGAAGCCCUCCUCCAGACCUUGGUGGACUCUGCUCGGACAGCUUCCCCAGAUUACAACAUCCUCUUGCCUCUUCUUCGGUUGCUGGUCAAGGUUGGCCAGAGAGAUAAAGAGUUUGGAAAGAAAGCUCUGGAAUUGGAGGCACUUGAUGUGAUGUUGAUUCUGGCCAGAAAAAAUCUGUCUCACAACCAGAAUCUCAUUCAUUGUCUCUGGGCACUGCAGGUUUUUGCCUCUAGAGUCACGACUGCAGCAAUGCUGGGCAUCAAUGGAGCAAUGGAGCUGCUUUUCAAGGUUAUCACCCCUUAUUCUAGAAAACGUGCCAGGAUUAUCAGGGCUGCCACGGAGGUUCUUGCGGUAUUGCUGAAAUCUAAGUCGAACAGCAGAAGGGCUGUGAAUAGAGGUUAUCUCAAUGGAUUACUCAGAUUACACCAGGACUGGCAAAGCCAUGAUACCUCCAAUGACUUCAUCCAGAUCCGAAGGUCUCUCCUGCUCUGCCUCAAACACAUCACCAACAUCCAGUCUGGCAGAGAAGUCUUCCUUGGGGCCCAGGGAAUGGAGAUCCUCUUUACUACCACUCAGAAAUACCUGGGUAAUCAAAGCAUGGAUGCCAUCAUCUCAAUAGUAAUUCAGAUCCUGAGGAAAUGCUACCCCAAAUGCUCAUUGCCCUUGGCUACAGCGAGUAGCUACUAUUCCUUUUCUGUUCCUGGGAACAUGAGCUCUGGACCACCAUGUACUAUAAACAAAGAUGAUUUUGAAGAGGAUGGUGAGGAAGAGGAGGAUGAAGACUCAGAUUCUGAAGAAACAAAGGAAGAAGAUGAUGACUUGGAAACAGAUUUGAAAAAGCUUACCUCAAAACCAGUGCUCGGCUGGACAGAAGAGGAGCUGAAACAGUAUGAGGCAAUGUGUCUUGAACUCUCCCAUAAUUUCCAGGAACUUAAUUCCAAGUCUGGAGAUGGGCUGAGCUCUGAAGAGGACCUAGGAAUCCCUCAGUGCACCUACUUUUGCAAUAUUCCUACUGAAACAUCCUCAAAGAGGCAUUGUCAAGAGAGGGACCAAAGCCCCCGGGGGCUAGAAACAGGGGAUACAAAUUUCCAGGACCCUCCUCUGAAGCAGAUGAAGAUAAUGAAGUCCACUGGGGCUAUAACUUAUGAAAUGGCUCCUGGCAAAAUAGGUCCAUAUUUAUUAUCAAAUGAUCAAGAAGAAGAUUCCUCCAGAAGGGAAUCACCAAAUACCCAGGCAUCCUUUAAAGAGCCUCCCUGGGGUACAGAAGUGUGUUCCUGUCAAAAUAAGAAUACUUUCCUUUCCAGCUCCAUCAGGAUUGAUGAAACCUCAGAAACUAUGUCUAAUGUGCUGGAGAGGCAUCCCAUGGAUAUUCCCUUCCACAAUCCCUAUACUUAUAUAGUCAAAGCUGAAGGAACCAAAUCUGUGCCGGACUUCAAGGUGUUAGCAUUUCCAGAUGUCUGGGGUCACCACUCACCACCCUUUUCCCAGCCCAUGUUGGAACGUAAAUGUGGAAUUCAAAGGGCGAAAAUAUUUGAAGAUGUCCAGCGGUUUAUCCAUCCAGAGAAGGUGAUGGGCAGAGUUGUCUUCAGUUUAGAUGAGUCUUGGCUCUUGCAAAGCACUGAUGCAACUGAAUAUUUGAAGUUCUCCUCUGGGUUUGAAUCGGGAAAUCUGCGGAAGGCCAUCCAAGUGAGAGAGUUUGAGUAUGAUUUAUUGAUUAAUGCUGAUGUGAAUUGCGUCCAGCACCAGCAGUGGUUCUACUUCAAGGUGAGCGGCAUGAAGGCUGCUAUGCCCUACCGCUUCAAUGUCAUCAAUUGUGAGAAGGUCAACAGCCAGUUCAAUUACGGGAUGCAGCCGACCAUGUAUUCAGUGAAGGAGGCUCUCCAGGGCAGGCCUCACUGGGUUCGGGUGGGCUAUGAUAUCUGUUAUUACAAAAAUCAUUAUCGCCAGAAUUCAGCUGCUGCAGGAGCUCCUGGAAAAUGCCAUUAUACACUCACCUUUUCUGUCACAUUUCCUCAUAAUGAAGAUGUCUGCUACCUGGCUUACCAUUACCCAUACACCUACACAGCUCUGAUGGCCCACCUUGACCUCCUGGAAACAAGUGUCAACCGUAAGAAAGUCUACUUCCAGCAUCAGGUACUCUGUCAGACUUUGGGAGGAAACCCAUGUCCACUGGUGACCAUCACAGCAAUGCCUGAAUCUAACAGCAGUGACCACCUGCAGCAGCUCCGACAGCGUCCCUAUCAGGUGAUUGUGGCCCGAGUUCACCCAGGAGAGAGCAAUGCUAGCUGGGUAAUGAAGGGGACCUUGGAGUUCCUGGUAAGCAGUGACCCCAUUGCUGGGCUCUUGAGGGAAAGCUUCAUUUUCAAGAUUAUCCCGAUGCUGAACCCAGAUGGCGUCAUCAAUGGCAAUCAUAGAUGUUCCCUAAGAGGGGAGGAUCUCAACAGACAAUGGCUCUCUCCUAGUGCUCAACACCAGCCAACUAUCUACCAUACAAAAGGCCUCUUACAUUACUUAAAUAGCAUUGGCCGGACCCCAGUGGUCUUCUGUGAUUUUCAUGGACACUCUCAGAAGAAGAAUGUGUUUUUCUAUGGCUGUAGCAUCAAGGAAACCUUGUGGCAAGCAGGUUGCACCGUAGACACUUCCAUUAUCUCUGAGGAUGUUGGCUAUAGGACACUUCCCAAAAUCCUUGAUAAGGUGGCACCUGCAUUUGCAAUCAACAGCUGCAGUUUCCUGGUGGAGAAAUCCAGGGCUUCGACCGCUCGGGUUGUUGUGUGGCGAGAAAUUGGGGUGUUGAGGAGCUAUACCAUGGAAAGCAGUUAUUGUGGUUGUAAUCAAGGACCUUAUAAAGGUCUACAGCUGGGAACCCGUGAACUGGAAGAGAUGGGAGCCACAUUCUGCUUGGGUCUUCUCCUUCUGCAGCUCAAAUCAUUAACCUGUAGCUCUCAGUUCAUGGCACAAGCCUCUGCCCUACUAGAUGCCAGGAAGGAUAUUCUUGGACACCAUCUUCAGAGAUGCAGUGGCAAGAGCAGUGGUAGCAGCAGCACUGACAUGGAACUGGAUGACGAGCCUCCUUGCAUGGAAGAGAUUGAUUAUAGUACAGACUGCUCCUCAGAUGAAGAAACUGACAUCCAUGAACUUGAUCAACAGAUUCAAGAGAUGGCCUUGGUAGAAGCUGUAGGAGAUGAGGAAGAGAAAAAUGGCAUAGAUAACAGGUCACUUAGUACCUCUGAGCUUUAUGUUUCCAAACACUGGACAAGAAAAAGCAGAAAUUCCCCUCAAUCAUCAGAGUCAACUGAGGUAUCAUCAAGGGGAAAAAUAUAG